CGAACGUAAGAUCGCACGAUCAGUUACUUGCGGCAGACGGCACCCGCACGUUGACGGUGCAUGUUGGUUUCAUAGGCGGGUUUUUUCCCUCGCUCGAUUAGGUGGUAUAGUAACUAAUUCGACUCAACUGAAAUUGACAUUAUUCAGAAAAAAACUAGGACCGGUCACUUGUGAUCGGCUGUGAAUAUCCUGGAGUAAGAUAUCGAGAAGGGGGAAAAAAGGAGUGAAUCGCCGUUGCGUCCUGUCGGCCCGGCAAAAACUGAGAAUCGGAUAGUCUCGUUACCAGUGCCCUGUCGGCUGUUGUCGGUACACGCGGUCAAGUUUUCGAGGUUUAUGUGCUGUUUUUGUUACUCUUGAACUCGUCGACUCUGGCGAAAAUCGAGGUUGCAUUUCGGUAAAAGCCUCGCCACCGUGUUCAACGUAUCCACGGAGUUUAUGUGUCCGGACAGGUGACAGGAGGAGUGACUUUAGUUGAGGGACCUAGGGGAGAAGGACAAGGAAACAGAAAGGCGUCAAAAUGACGACUAUAGUGGCCAAUCUAGUGCACGGUUACCGGGAUCUCAUGGACAACAAGUCUGAUCCCAGGGUGAACGGAUGGGCCAUGAUGAGCAGUCCGUUUCCGACGGUGGCGAUUUGUCUAUCGUACGCUUAUUUUAGUAGAGUCUUGGGGCCGCGACUGAUGGAGAAUAGAAAGCCCUUCGACCUACGGCGGAUAUUAAUUUUCUACAACCUCAUACAGACACUUUUCUCUACGUGGAUAUUUUACGAGUACUUAGUGAGCGGUUGGGCGAAGGGCUACAGCUUCCGUUGUCAGCCAGUCGACUAUUCAAAUCAUCCUCUAGCUGUUAGGAUGGCAAAUACAUGUUGGUGGUAUUACUUCAGCAAGUUCACCGAAUUCUUCGACACGUUUUUCUUUAUUUUGCGAAAGAAGAAUCAGCAUGUGUCGACUCUUCACGUGAUUCAUCAUGGUGUGAUGCCCUUCUCCGUGUGGAUGGGACUGAAGUUCGCGCCUGGUGGUCACAGCACAUUCUUCGCUCUCUUAAACACUUUCGUUCACAUUAUCAUGUAUUUCUAUUACAUGGUGGCUGCGAUGGGGCCAGAGUACCAAAAAUAUAUUUGGUGGAAAAAGUACCUCACAACCAUGCAAAUGGUUCAAUUCGUGCUGAUCAUGACGCACCAGUUCCAACUACUUUUUACCGAAUGCGAUUAUCCGCGUUCUUUCAUGAUCUGGAUCGGCCUUCAUGGGUUCCUCUUUCUGGGUCUGUUCUCUGACUUCUACAAGGCAAAAUAUACCACGACACCGGUGAAGAAAGCGCAUCAAAAUGGCUCUUCGAAUGGCGCGUGCAUGCCAGUGCUGGACAACGAGCCCAUCAAGCCAAAACAAAACGGCAUCUCGUCAUACGCCACAAUUUACAACAAAGAGUACAACAGUUGUUACAGCAAUGGCACGAACAACGGCUACGUCGCGAACAACAAUACGGAGAAGAAACUUGCCUAAAGCGGUACCAGGUUCGCACGCUUCGAUUUCAAACAGCUGAUUCGCACAAAUCAGAUGACGCCAAUCGAGCGCUCCUUGCCAACGCCGACUGCGACAAUACUAUAGUGAGAAGAAUAGCUCGCCUAUUUUUCAGGGCAACCUCCAAAUUGGGGAGAUUUUAACUGGAAUUUUAAAAGGUCGUGUUUCGACCAGAGAGCGCAACGCGUUUCUCUUAUUUAUCCUUUUUUUGCUAUAAAUAAAUUUUUAAGUGGACGUAUUUAGCGAAUGCGGCAAAACGAUAGCGAUAUCCGGACGGCCAUUUGUCUAGUCUCUAAACCAAACUUCCUUUAGCUUGAUCAGAUGGAUAUCGCAACGCCAACGCGAUUAACGACCGGACUUUUGAAAAAUGGACGUGCUGAGUUUCAUUGGCAGUAAAUUGCGACACAGACUUUCGAUUUCAAGAAUAUUCACUCUCUUGUUUCGAGAUGCAAUACCACGAGAGAGACAUUGAAACUCGAAAGUGACGCGUGUGUAAUGUCGGCUAAAUAAAUGUAAAUAAAUAUACAUAUAUAUUUAAUCUUGAUAGUUUACUAGACCUCAGGGAACUACGAAGCUUUUAAAAGCGAGAAGAAAGACUCUUUGCAGUUUGCCCGCGGGCGAGCACAAAUCCCUUUUCAAACUUCAUACUUUCGAAAUUGCCUCAAAUGUGAAAUGGUUACAUGUUACGUCACGCAUACAGCCAUGCUUAAAGGGAAUCUCCCACACAAUUUUCAACUUCACGAAAUGUAACCAAUGGAAAAAGUAUGACCUUAUAUUGCCUAUUUCACUACCUUUUUCAUCUUACUGUUUCUAAAAAUAAUCGAUUCUCAGCCAAACAUUUGUUGGGCCGACAAUACAGGCGAAUUAUCGGACAAUAGUAAACUGAUUUCGUGCAUUUUGCACCUGUAAAUUCCAAAUUUGAUUUCUAUUCUGAACAAAAAAAAGCUCUCUGUUGCCAUUGACAUAGGGAUUACAUCAGCUUGAACAAUUGCAACUUGAAAGCUGAUCAAUUUCUAAUCGGUAGAAUUUAUCUGGCGGUGAACUUAGUAGUCACCGUAUCACGACUGUUGUACACCAGCAUUCUAUACUGCAUUUCCCAAAGAGGACGUAAGCUCAAGACUUGUUUGAUACGUAAUUUUUGUACUGAAUCGUGUCACAAUUUAGGUAGACGUCAAUUCCGCGACUUUGAUGAAGGGCGCUGGCAAGGAACGCCGCCGUCUUCGAUGCGGGGAUGGGACUGAGAAGAGUGAGCGCACAAGCGACAGCGCUGAGAAUAUUUGUUGAGAAUAUUCGUGAUUUCUCGUGAGCUCGCCUAAUGUUUAUGCAGUCGUUAACGACUAUCUCUUUUUGUUGUCCCGAAUGUGUUCAAAUAACUGAACUUGAACCAAAGCGGAGUGAGCCCUGCAACAUUGCUUUUUUGCCGUGUGCUGUGUCAGUUUUUGUCCUUUCCCAGUUGCUGUAAUCGUGCAACUGAAAUCGUCUAGCUAAAUGAAUUAAACUAAUUUUCCAAUUGUAAAUUGCUUUGCGGGAGCAAUGAUUGCAAUAAUCGAGAAUAGGGGGAGCUCACUCCCGUUCGUUUCGAGUUUGGUGGUUCAAAGCUUCGUCGAUCGUCGUACAUAUGUGAUGUCUGCUGAUAUACACUUGAUUCAAUAAGCGCGUUUCUUACGUCGAAAUCGAUGGUUAGGUCAACUUGAAUUUACAUCGAUUUUGAUUUUUUACCCGAUAUCGACCAAAUGGUAGACAUAUAAACGGAUUACACAACGCCGAGGAUUAAUCUGCGCUUUGUAAUUUAGUACUUUGAUUGUAAACUAGGUAGAGAGGUAGAUUGGUAAUUAGAUAGAUAAUAGAUAGGCUCGCAGUCUGACGAAUGCGGAACUUCUAGGAGGAAAAGACGACGACAACCUCCGAAGAAUCUCGAAUCUUUUUCGCCGAAAUCCAGAUCCUCUUGAGGUUGCGACUUUGAAUUCGAUCGCUCGUUCUCUCAAAGUUCCGGGUUACUCUUGUUUCGAACUUUUGGCGAACGAUUCGUCGCCGGGAAUUGAAUCCAUUGUUGUGUGAGUGUCUUGAAAUUUCAGGAAAGGAAUAGAGGCUAAUGUAAUUUCGCUCUUUCCCUUCGCUCUGGACUGACGGGGUGAUCCUAAACCUAAAGUAUGAGCCAAUGUUUUUUUGUUUUGAUCGUGCGUCUGUGAAAUUUACGUUCGUCUAAGCAUCUUUCUUCGAGUCUUGGAGCUGUAAAACUUUCGCUUAAUGCCAAGACUUAGGAGGACCGAUAAAUUUAAGGCUGUUGUUGAGUGCUGAGAAGUCGAGAGUUACAUGGAGUUGAGGUUGGUGCAAGUGUGUUACUUGCUGGAAAAGGAGACCGGAUUCUGCGUAACUCGAGGCUCCAGACCUCGACAUAUUCCCGAUUUAAUGUGGUUCCGCUCAGUUCAACUUGGUAGGAUGAUUGCGAGUGAAAGAACGUUCUGUUUCGUGUGUAAAGCCAAAAAAAUGUUACAUGCGGAAGUGGCUUUUCGAGUGAGUGGAAUGCGCCUUGCGAGGAGACAUUAACACAAGCAUCUUCUUCGUGUACCUAACGUUAAACUCUGCAAUGAUUAACGAUUCUCAUUAUAUUUUUGUACAUAUACCAAUUGCGGAUUAAUGAUGAAAUACAAAAUAGACAAGAGGCAUAUUUACGUUGUUUACUCUCUAGAACCUCAGACGUUCUAUGGAACAGUAAUUGUAAAGAAUAUUUUUUAAAAAUUAUACAUUUUUAGAUAAAAAUAUUGACAACUUUCGACAUUGUGAAGAUUGAGGAAGCUUUACUUUCAAGAUUUUUAUUAUUUGAUUUCUAAAAGUACUGUUUAAUAUAUAACUUUUUAGAGGUAGUAUAGAUAAAAAGCGAAACAUUGAUCAUUUUGAGAAUAAGUGCUUUGAUUAAUUUGAGAUAUGUUUUUCGAUUUAUAUCAAAAUUAUAAAAGUUUAAUGUAAUUGAUUGAUUACUUGUAGUUAUUCCUCGCUUUUUGUGCGUAUCAAACAGGAAAAAUGUAGGUCAGUCACUUUUCUUAAUUCUACUAUUAUAAUUAAAGGAGAUGCUUUGACUGUAAAACAUUUUAUUAAUGCAGUUUGUCAUGAAAUGUAAAUUGAAGUCGAAUCUUCAUCUUGUUUUUACUUUGACAGUUCUCUUUUAGUGUAGAGAUUUUAUCCACUUCGAAUCAAAUAGUGAUUAAUGAAAAAGAAUGUAAACACAUCACCAAAAGCAUGACAGAAAUUUGAUUAAACAUUUGAUCUUUUUGAAA